GAUGAUGAGUUUGAGGCAGGUAUGCACAACCUCCUUGCGGAAUUCCACAGAUCCUUUAUUCAGCAAGAUGUUUAUCCCAAACAUUCAGCUGUUUUUACAGAGUGAUCACCUUAAUGUUAGUGAGUGGAACAGGCUUUAUCACUUUAACAAUCCCUUUGGCUAUAUGGGAGUCAGUUACACAGCCAUAAAAGCAGGUGUUGAUACCAUCCCAAAACUUAAUUCUACCCAAAUAUUGCAAGUACCCACAGACGCAGAAGAUGGCUGUAUUCGUUGUGCUGUUGUUGGGACAUCAGGCAUUCUCAAUGGCUCCGGACUGGGAACAGAGAUUGAUUCUAAUCAUUAUGUGUUCAGGAUGAAUGCUGCUAUUAUAGCAGGGCAUGAGGAGGAUGUUGGAAGAAGGACUUCAGUUUAUGUGCACACAGCACAUUCAUUAAUCAACUCCUUAAUAUUACACAAAAAGAGAGGUUUCACACAGAUUCCUACUGACAAGGACAUUAAAUAUGUCUUGAUCCCAGAGGGUCCAAGAGACUACAACUUUCUGGAGUACCUUAUGAAGAACAGAAGGAUACCGUCAGGAGAAUAUCGUAAACGAACGCCAAGGAAUUACUACAGCGGGCAUUUCAAUGAAAGUUCCUACUAUGUCCUACAUCCAGACUUCCUCAGAUAUGUGCGGAACAGGUUUCUAAAGGCAAAACGAUUACGAACUAAAAGAUGGUGGUUGGUAAGACCCACUAAUGGAGCCUUUACUCUUCUGCUGGCUAUGCACACGUGUGACAUUGUGAGAGUCUAUGGUUUUAGCACAGCUGACCAUUGGAAAUAUCCAAACUACUACUAUGACACCACACACACUAAAAUGGUGUUUUUUGGAAAUCACGAUUAUCCCUUGGAGAUGCAAACCUGGAGGAAACUUCAUGAUGACAAACAUAUCUGGUUGUAUCUGAGAAAUUCUGAUAGCUAGGUGGACAAUUCCUUGACACACUUAAACAACAAGUUUAAGAAAACGGAUGAGUCUAAAUAAACGUUAUUCCACAAU